UUUAUAUUAAUUAUAUCAAUAAUACCAUUGAUAUAUUAUUGUAAUACCUUUGUUUUUGUUAUGGAUAGUGAGAAAAUAGAGGAGCUAGAAUUAAAUGACACGCACGAUGCAUUUCAACAACAAUCAUCCUUACUUUUUCCUGAAAGUACUUCAGUGCCACCUAAGCAGCAAUGGAUGAGCGAUUCAGAUAAAGAUGAUUUUAAAAUAUUAGAUCCUGACGAUCCAUUAAUGAAAAGAUUUCAAGAUGCUCUCAAGUUACAUCUUCUGCGUACCGACGACAAGCUUUCCAAUGAAAUCUGCGAACUUGAAGCGGCUAUUAAAGAUGACAAUAAGAUUCGAGAAGACGAAGGUAUUAUUUUAUUCGAUAUACAACAAGAGGCUGCUCAACAAAACGCAGCUAUCGAAAAUUACAAACAUAUGUUAGCUGAAAUUAUUAAUUUAAGAGGAGAUACCGAAGAGCAUUUAAAAACAGUCAAAGAAGUAAAUAAAAAACUAAACAGAGAAUUGGAAACUAAAAAGUCAAAAGAAAAAAAUCUUUUGCAAAGUAUCGAGAGCCUUGAUAUACUUCAGGAACAAUUUUUUAAGUGGGAAAGUGAAUUAGCUGGAAGUGUAACGAUUUCUCAAAGAAUAUCAGAAAAAGAUGCUAUUGUAGAGCGCGAGCUUCUUUAUCAAAAGCAACAAAAAGAUUAUGUUCUGUAUAAAUUGGAGGAUGAAAUUUGGAAGCUGCAGAUUGAAAUAAGGGAUCUUGACGAACAGUUUCAGAUAAAAGAUGAAGAGAAAAUUAAUUUGAGUCAGACAAUAGCUGAUGCGAAUGCCGAUCUCGAAGGAUUAGAAAAGGAGCAUAAAACUUUGUACGGUGCAUGGAACAAUGUUCUAAAUCUUAUUAGUCAAAGAGAUAAAAUUAGCGAAGAAAUUAUUUCAGAGCAAAGACAAAUUCGGGAGUCCUUACAAAGCUUACAAACUCAGACAGAAAAAAUAAAAAAAGAUUCCAUGAAAGAAAUGGAAAAUAAUGAAUAUCUUACAUCGUUACAAUUAAAAAUGAAUGAUGAAAUGAAGAGUAUAAAAAUAUCACAUGGUCUCGAUAAAGAAAAAUUUUUAAAUUUAGAAUCGGAUUUUGUUAAAACAUCUAAAUAUAUGAAUCAGAAUGAAAAAGAAUGUGCCCUUGUGACAACCGAAUACAAAUCAAUUCUCAACAAAGAAAAUUUCUUAAAUAAAGAAAUUAUGAAAUCUUACAAUCAAAAGCAUAAAUUGGAAGAUGAUAUUUUACUUAAAUUGGAUGAUAAAUCGUGUCAUGAUAAUACAGUCCGAUAUAUAAAUAAAUUAUUGCACGAAGCUAAGGAUUUUAAUAUUGUGAAUGAAUUAAAUUUAGCACGACUUGAAAAUUCAUAUGGUAAAUAUCUUCUUGAAUCGGAAAAACUUAAUUCUCUUAUGGAAAACAGCAAGUUUGACUUGGAUGCUGUAAUGCAGAAGAAUUUAGAAAAAGAAAAAGAAAUCAAUAAAUUACAAAAUGAGAUAAAAAAUUAUGAUUUACUAUUUAAGCAAAAGGAAAGAAAACUUGCAGCUUCAAAUAAAAAAAUGGAAGAGAUAUCAUCGGUGGAUGGUAAAGAAGCAAAUCCUUUAGAUCUUAAAAUUGCAGCUAUGGAAAAGCUUCUUAAUGAAAUAGAAGGGAAAAUGAAAAAAGCACAACAAUUUUGGCUUCGUCAGCAAGGUUACAUGUUCACUUUAAGCGAGCAAAGGGAUUUACAAAUGAAAGAGUUUAGUACUGUUAGUAAAGACGUAAUACUAAUGGAACAAAAGAACAUAAAGCUCGAAAAUGAAUUGGAAAAACAGCAAAAAGAAGACGUUAGUAUUAAUAGAUCAAUUAGUGCACUGCAGUAUAAAUUAUUGCAAAUUAAUCUCAGGCUUGCUUCGCAAAAAGAAUUGAAAAUUGAACUCGAGGAUAAGAAUACAGCAGCCAAAAAUGAAUACAUUAAUUCAUUAAAAGAUGCUGAAAUGGAAUUGAUCAAAUUACAAACUGACAUUAAACAAUUAAAUAAUGAUAAAGGUACACUUAAGGACGAAUUAAAAUCUGCUCAGCGUGAAAGUCUGUCUUGGGAAAAAAAGGUACAAUUGGUAAAUGAAAUAAAUAAAUCUUGCAAAGAGAAAAGGAGUACGGGCAGCGACAUAGCUAUGAUGAAAAGUGAAAUACAUAAGAUGGAAAUACGUUUUUCUUACCUUCAAAAAACCCAAGAGAAGUUAAUUCAAAAUAUGGAAUUCUGUGUAUCUAAAAGGGAAAAUAUUAUGGAUGAGGCGAUAGCGAGAGAAAAAAGAAAUCCAAAAAAUCAACACAAUCAAAGAAUAGUACUUAGAAAAAGAUUAGAAGAUCAAAAAAUUAAAAUCAAACAAAUAACAAAAGAAAUAAAACAAAUGGAAAAUAAAAUUAGUAGCCUGGAAGCUGAACAAAAGAAGUUAUUGGAUUAUUUGAACGAGGGUCAGAAAUUAUUGAGACAAAACGAGGACAUUAUACCUGACAUAGAAAAACAAAUUAUGGAAGCCGAGUUGAUAAAACACCAUAAUUUGGAAGUGCUGGUGAGAAAACAACGUAAAGUAAAUAUGCUCAGGGAUUUGAAAAAUGGUCAAUAUAAAUUACUUAUUAAAAACGAAACACUUUUAAACGAAGAAUGGCAAAAUCAACAAAGCCUGAAUAAUCAGUUAAAGGACAUUAUGCAACAAACGGAACAUGAUUUUCCCUUAUUACAGAAUGAAACACGAAAAAUUUUAUUAACUUUACAAUCAUCGUAAAAUAUACAA